CUCUUGCACGCUGCAUUUAGCUCUCGUCGCUUUCUGCUAGUGUUUUAUUUCCUCCGAUCAGCGAACAUUUGGCAGUUAUUCUAGUAAAUACAGUGCUAAAACAUAAAAACCUUCGUGUUUUAGGUGUCCAAAAGAAGAAAGCCAACGAAAAAAAAACCGAAAGUGCCAAUAAACAGCAGGAAAAAGCCAGGAAAAGCGCCGCAGCAAAGUGAAAAAAGUGACAAGGAGUUGCGGAGUGAGUGUGAGUGAGAGGGAGGGAGCGCCAUCGCGGUGGUGGGUGCUCGUAUUGGUGUUGUACGCGUAUCGGUGUUAUCGCCUUCAGCAAUGAGUUGCUCCAAAUUCGCGGCGCAUGCGCUGUAUAAAUUGCGCUCUCCCGCUCUGUCUCUUUAAAAACGGAACAGGAUAUUUUAUUAUACUGAAAUUCGUACGCAGGAAAUUCGCAUAGUUGUGAAAGCUUCGCGCUGCCACACGGACGCAUUCCGCAGCUGGCUCCCCCGCACACCCACACACACCCGCCCGCCGCGCACUUACACUCACGCGCUCCUACACACACACUCGCGCAGAAAUCAAUUAAACGGCAAAAAAGAUAAGUUGUAGUUUUUCCGGGAACACAUCAAACAUGCUGAAAUUAACUCACAAGUUACGCAAAAAAUGCCGCAGCAAAAAAACAGCAGAAAAAGCGGUGAAAGCGGAGAAUCUUUGAAACGAAAGGCAACGAAAGGAUUAUGAAUAAAGUAGCAAGAAGAGGAUGCAGGAAUAUACUGCCACUUCGAAUUUCAAUCCAAUGACCACCGAAUCGGCGAUUUGUCUCAAACAACAAAAACACCCACGUAGCUAUUUGCAAUUUGCAUUUUUGCAAUUCCACUGCCCCGGAAGUAAAAGCAGCUUCAGCGGAAAUUAAAACAAAUCGAAGCUGAAAUAAAAGGCAGAGCAAUCGAGAGACAGUGAGAGAGAGUUAUUUAAGGAGAGACCAGAGAGAACGGGAGAGAGCAAGUGCAUCCUCUUUACAACACGGCACACAUUUACGACCGGUGACUGCAACUGGCCCACUCCCCCUCCUCCUCAUUCGCCGCCCCCUGCUCCUCACCCUCUUCGUCCUCGUGGUUGUCCUUUGCAAUUUGUGAUCUCAUGUUCUCAUAACUUGGGCAGCAGCCGUUGGCACGGAUUAGAAGGAAAACGUCAAGCGUCAGGCGUCAGGAGGCAUCAUAGUUCCAAAGUGCAGGAACUAACAACUCACAACGAAUAAACCGAACUUGCAUUUUUAUAUCGCAUUUUUGUAAGGAACCAACAAACGUGUUCAGCAUUGACCAAAUGCCAUUGCCACCAACUUUAGUUGGACGAGCAAACAAAUACGGCAAUUAACAGAAGUUGCCUUCGAACGAAACCCCACCCAAGGCGAGAGGAAAAGACAGGACAGGAACGACGGGAGAUAUUCCCAAUCGGAUCCCCACUAAUAAAUGCAGUGGAAGAAGAAGUUUACUCGAUUGAAAGCAGCUACUGGAAAUUCGCGUGUGCGAAGAAUGCUUUGUUGUGGACGUAGAAAGGAGAAUGGAAGAUCAGUUCCUGAUGUCACUGCCAGCCCGGGACGCGCGCCUCCCGGCCCGCUGCCCGCCAACCAGCUGUCCUCGCUGAGCAACCAGCAGCACCAUACCAAUCAGCAGCAUCAUGGCAACCAGCAGCAGCAUCACGGCAAUCACCGCGGCCAGAGUAGCGGUCUGUCCAACGCCGCGGGGGUCAAGGACCCGGUGAUGCUGCAAGGCGACUUCCGCAAGGUCAGCGGCAUCAGCUCGGACAUCUUCCGCCAGAUUGAGGCCGUCGAGAAUGAUCACGACCCCAACACGGCGGCAGCCCUGGAGGCGGUGGAACGCCGUGGGGAGAUGAUUGUGCGCGUCCUGGAGCCGCGCUGCAUGGGCAGCAAGCAGGCUGUGGAUGCCGCCCACAAGCUGAUGAACAAGGCGGACGGGCGGCACACGGUGCAGCUGGUGGAGAUCGUCAAGCGGCCGGGCCAGACGCUGGGCCUGUAUAUCCGCGAGGGCAACGGGGCGGAUCGCACCGACGGCGUGUUCAUCUCGCGGAUUGCGCUGGAGUCGGCAGUAUACAACAGCGGAUGCUUGAGGGUGGGCGAUGAAAUUCUUGCGGUGAAUCUGGUGGACGUGACCCACAUGUCCCUGGACGAUGUCGUCAUCAUUAUGUCAAUUCCACGCCGUCUGGUGCUGGCGAUACGUCAGCGCCGUGGCAAUCGUGGCACAGGAUCCCCCGGACCGCCGACGCUGUCCCGCCCGGAACAAAAACCGCCACCGGUUGUUGUGAUUAAGCGUGAUCUGCGGGACGAGGAUCUAGACGAGACGGACCGGAUGCCGAGGCCGCGCUCAUCACGUGAAAGACGUACAGGAGAUGGCCGCGAAAUGACGGAAUCACGAUCUCGCUUGGGUCUGGGCCUUAACAACUACAGCCCGCAAUCGGAGCAACUGGAUAUGUACUACAAUACCCGCGGCGGUGGAGGAGGAGCAAUGGGUGAGCCGCCGAAUUGGGGCUACAAGCCUCCACCGCCACCGUCUUCGGUGAUCACGGAGCAGCCCACGAAGGGUCACGCUUUCGCGCCGUCGCAUGCUUACUAUCAGAAUGCCGGCACCCUGGAGAGUCUAGCGGAGAAGGUGCAUGCUUUCUAUCCGGGACAGCCGGGUGGUCCGCCUGUGGGUCCCUCAAGAAGAAUGUCCACCGGCACUGGAAACAUAAGCCUCGCUCAACAACACGCUAGAUUCCCGCGAUCCGGUUCGGAUCAGCAUUUACCUCGCGUUGAAUAUGCGGACUAUUCCAAUUCACUGGGACGACACUCCCUCUUGCGAUCGAGUUUGAAGCCAGGAACAGCUGGAGGAGCUCCAAUGCCAGUGGGAGUGGGUGGCACUCUCGGCCGCUAUGGUCGCUACGAUCAACAGAGAGGUGUAUCCAAAUACGGCCCCCCAGCUGGCGGGGCUCAAUCGCUGACCCGUCGCUCGAGACCAAAUCUGGACUACUCCAGCGAUACGGAGGCCACCAUUGGACCCAGGCCGAGUUACUACUACUACAACAGACCCGCCAUCGGCAGCAUGCCAAGGGGAGCGGGCGGUGCCGGUGGAGGAGUGGGUGCCGCUGCAGCAGCUGCCCUGCUGGCCGGAGCCGCUGAUCUCAAUAAGUUCAAUUCGCUACCCAGGGAGCGACCCGGAGUAAGAUUGCAGGGCAUUCGUUCCAGGAUGGGAGAUCGCUUGGCAGACGAGAAUGAUGGCAACACUUCGGCACCUGAGUUCGAUGCGCGGAGAGGCAGGGACCUGCGGCAGCGAAUUACCGCCAGCCCCUCGAUAUUCACGGCUGACGAGUACCGCGCCUGGCUGAGAAGGGCUCCUAGCAGCUCUGCAAUUGCGGAACAGAUGCGGAUGACUCGGGACAUGUUUGCCCAGCCGCGUGCCCAGCGAUUCUCCUGUAGCGCCGAGAACAUCCAUGACGCGCUGCGAAAUACGGAGAGCAUUUACUCCAGCAGAACCCACAUCCUCGGUACCGGUACUCUAGAUCGGAACAUGGGCCUUACCCGGCCCAUCUCCGCAUUACCAGUGCGUUCCAUGUCCUCGCAGCACAUUGGGGGAGCAGGAUCUAUUCGAUCGCCCAGCAUUCGACGCAUGCGGCAGCUGUUGGAGCUGUCCGCUGGUCCUGCCAGUCCCAGCGGCAGCAUCCUGAGCACUGGAGGUCACCAGAGUCCGGCACCAACGCCAAGUGCCACGUUGCCCCGCCCCCACCGCCAGAUUGACAUUAAUCCGGCGGAGUUCGCGAAGUACAAGCUUGAUAAGCCCAUUGUGGAUAUUGGAGGGAUCUCCGGAAUGUUGUGGAUUCAUUUGCUCGCAGGUCGAGGUCUAAGGACGGCUCCUGAAGGAACGGGAGGAGCAGCGCCACCGUCCCAAACAAGGGACCUUUACUGCGUCAUCGAGUGCGAUCGCGUGCAUAAAGCCCGGACAGUGGUGCGUUCCGGUGACCUACAGUUCGACUGGGAUGAGUCGUUCGAGUUGGACUUGGUGGGCAAUAAGCAAUUGGAUGUACUGGUCUACUCCUGGGAUCCACAGCACCGGCACAAGCUGUGCUAUCGAGGCGCCAUUUCGUUAUCGUCAAUCCUCCGACAGUCUCCGCUCCACCAGUUGGCUUUGAAGGUUGAGCCCAGGGGCACGAUAUACAUUCGUAUGCGGCACACGGAUCCCCUGGCUCUCUACAAGAGGAGGGGUCUGCCUAGCUUGCGGGCUGGCUAUCCCACGCUCUUCGGCGCCGACUUGGAAACGGUGGUCAACAGGGAGUCUAAGAACGCGCCCGGAUGUGCACCGGUUCCCAUCGUUUUGAGGCGCUGUGUGGAAGAGGUGGAGCGUCGUGGGCUCGAUAUAAUCGGGCUGUACCGACUGUGCGGCUCCGCCACGAAGAAGCGACUGCUGCGCGAAGCCUUCGAGCGCAAUAGUCGUGCCGUGGAAUUGAGCCCAGAACAUGUUCCUGACAUUAACGUCAUUACCGGCGUGCUCAAGGAUUACCUCAGGGAGCUUCCCGAGCCGCUGUUCACGCGCUGUCUCUUCCAGAUGACAGUGGAUGCCCUAGCUGUUUGCCUGCCGGAUGACCCGGAGGGCAAUGCGAAACUCAUGCUAAGCAUACUCGACUGCCUGCCGCGGGCGAACAGGGCCACGCUGGUAUUCCUGCUCGACCAUCUGUCGUUGGUCGUUUCCAACUCGGAGCGGAACAAGAUGUCCGCCCAGGCGCUGGCCACAGUGAUGGGCCCACCGCUGAUGCUGCAUUCGGCGAGUGCGCAGCCGGGCGCUGACAUCGAUCACGCCCAGCCAAUCGCGGUGCUUAAAUAUCUGCUGCAGAUCUGGCCGCAGCCGCAGGCGCAGCAUCAGCAGCUGGCGCAGCACAUGGGCAACGCUGCUGGGGCGAUGAUGGGCGGCCUUGCCACCGCCGGGAGCAUGAGCAAUAUGGCCGGCGUUGCUUCAGGUCGGCGCGGCGAGUCAACAGGGCAGCGUGGAAGCAAAGUCAGUGCGUUGCCAGCGGACAGACAGCAACUUCUACUGCAGCAGCAGGCGCAGCUCAUGGCGGCGGGCAAUCUUCUGCGCUCGUCCACUUCGGUAACCAACAUACUCUCCCAAGGCCAUCCUCAGCUCUCAGCCACAGCCAACAGUCAUCUGUAUCAAUCAGUAGUGGGUCAGUUAGCUCAAUCGCAUCGAGCCUUGCAACAAGCGGUGCAACAGCCCUAUCAAUUGGGGGGCUCAGUGGUCUCAGCAAUUCCCGACCAAUCGCCACUGCCACUUCCAGGCACACCCUCCCCCGGCAGUAGUUCGGCAUCAACGGGCUCGGGCUCCGGAUCCGGAUCGGGUAAAAGCACGGAUACCAUCAAGCGAGGUGCUUCGCCUGUUUCCGUGAAGCAAGUCAAGAUCGUCGACCAGCCAUCUAGCCCCUACUCCAUCGUGAUGAAGAAGCCGCCGCUGCAGAAGGAUGCGCCCGUAGAAAUCACUACGCCCACUACCCAAACGGAGGCAGCCUCAGCCCUGGGAAGCCACAAUAGAGACAAGGAAAGCAAUGGGACAGCAACUCGUAGGGGAAAUGUGGUCUUCUAUGAACCGCAGAAAGCGCAAUCCAAGAGUUCGGGGAAUGACGAAUCCAGCUACAGCUCUAAGUACGCCAGUUUGGAUGCGAAGAAAAGCUGCUUUGGAAGCAGCAGCUACAUGCCCAGCAAGGCGAGUACCAUCUCCGCCGGCGAAGACUACAAGGCCAUGCGGAACAAGUCGAGUGCCACAUCCAGCUCGAGUUCAUCCCAGGCCACGGUACUGAGUGCUGGAUCAACGGCCACCUCGGCCCCGACCACCUCAUCGGACGAUUCGGAUGACCUGGUCUCCUAUAAGUCUUCGGCCUCCACGAACGCUUUGCUGGCCCAAUCGCAGGCCAUGACCACUAGCCAGCUGAUGUCCAAGUAUCUAAAGCGGGAGCCAAGGGUGCAGUUUACGCCCAUCAAGUCCCCUGACUCGCCCUCGCCUCCGGGUGGCGGCGACGGCCUGCCAAAGGGCACUUACCAACUUGUCACUCCCGCCUCGGGAUCAUCGAGCAAACCAGGUGCCACUACUGGAGCCAUAAGCAAAUACACCACCAGCUCAGCGGACUCGAAUACAAACGCAAACAGCCAGAAACUGGCAUCGCCCUCGCGCCUGUCCAGCGGCAAGGACAGCAGGACUGCAGCCGUGAGCAGCACCACUGCCUCUGCCUCGCUUGUUUCCACUGGUCGCCGACUGUUCGACAGCCUGGCCUCUUCAUCAUCCUCGGAAACUGAAACCAAGACCUACAUAGGCGGCACCACUUCGGCCGGCGGGGCCACCAACACCACCACCUACACCAACGAUACUAGAAACUCCAGCAGCAGUAGCAGUAAGUCGGGAAUGGGAGGGGUAUCUGGGUUGGGAUCGGGCUCGGGAUCAGGCUCCGAGCACAGAAGCUACGGCAGCGCGCUUUUCGGGAGCAGCGGUCUGGGCAACGGGAAUGGCAGUCACAACCACUCUGGCGCCAGUCCAAGUCCCUUCACCACCACCAACGGCAAUGGCAAACACAACACCAUGCAUCUGUACGGCACUCUGCCCAAGAACGGUACCUCGACGGGGGCCGCUCUAUUCGGCGGCUCGGCCAACAGCUCGUCCUACCACUCCUCGGGCAGCGGAAGUGGCAGUGGGGCGGGCACUGCCAGCAGCAGCGGGGUGAGCUCCAUGACGGGCUCCACUAAUAGCUACGACUUCUACACGAGCAGCAGCUCCAGUGGAAGGCCCUUCGCCAACGGGGGCAACAACUACCACACUCUAGGCACCUAUAGGGCGCAGUACGCAGCCACCAACCCCUUUCUCGACGCCUUCGACGAGAAGCCAGGCAGCAAUGGGGGCGGCAGCGGAGGCAGCAAUAGUCACGGGGAGGAGAAGCUGGGCGCGGACAAGGGCCACCAUAGGGCGGCGGUGAUGGCGGCCUUCCAGUCGUCGGGAGACUCGAAGAACGGUAGCGAUGAGUAUGACGAUAUCAAGUGAGGUGCGAGGAAGGGUUAAAUGCGGUUAGGAAGAAGGUAUAAAACUAUAACUACGUUUAUACGCAGGUCACUUUCAAUUCUGAAUGUAUUUCGAAAGCUUAACCCCUUUUAAAACUUUUUAAAUUUGUAUUAUUAAUUAAUUCGAAUAAAUUUAAAAGGUCAUUACCUAAAAUGAAAAAUGUCUACCGGAAUCCGCCAAAACUAUUAAUUUGUUACAUAAUCUUUUUCUGUAAAUAACUUUGUCCUUAUUGUUUAUUGGAGUGCCUGUGUAUAAGCGUAGUUACUUAACGAAAAAGUACGAAAAUUAUUGCCAUACAAUGCUGAACGUGUUCUUUUGAAGUAUUUACAGUUUACAAAUUUACAAAAUACGAUCGAAAAACGAAUAUAAACCGUUAAAAUGAAUGAUAUGCUACGAGUAAAGCACACGAAAGAAAAGAAAUCCCUAGCCAGCUAAAGCCCCAAUAGCAAUUCACUUAAGCAACCAGAUUAUGAAACUAUAUAGUAGUUGAGCUCAGUGUAUUUAUGUCAUAAACAACGGAAGCUUAGCCAUAGCAGCUUCAACACUUCUGUAACGCUUGACAGUGGGCAGUUAUUUGGGUACCAUAAAUCCGAAUUCAAUAACAUUUACGAGCAGUAUUUUUGAAUGAACUAAAACAUAAACUUAAAACAGCAGCGUAUACAAAAAAAUUACAAUUAAUAACAUACAGAGAUAAAGUUUAACAAAAGGUUGAUCGCGCAUUUAAUUUUUACAUACAAAAAACUUAUACACAAACUAUGCGCCUCUAAUAGACAUGCAACUACGUCGAUGACAUAUUUUUGCAUACUCCCGUUUCGCAGUGGAAUCUGUUCCACGACUUUCUAGCCCUAAAUCUAUCCACAUCGUCUGUUAUGUGUGUGUUUCAAUGUGACCAACUCUCUAAUCUAAAAAAGUAUAAUACAUGACUAUGACAAACUAUCCAUAUGAAAUAUUUAACGACUUUUGAAGCAAUAUAUUUGCCUAAAAUGUUUAUCUACGCCUCUUAUAUAUAUCUCUAUAUACACGUGUCUAUGUGAUCAGAAACAGAAUCAGAUCAGGACAAAAGCGCUGAAAAGUAAUCUUAUAUUCGCUUGGUCAAGCGACUGAUCAUUUCAGAUAAAACUCUCGAUUCGGAUUUCACAUAUACAGACACCACACGGAUACUAACAUGCAAAAUACAAAUACAUGAAUUUAUUGACGAAUCGAUGUGCUUAGUUUUUGUAUGAAACAAAGUCUGAUAUACACACUAAUAUACAACAGUACAGUAUAAUAUUUAUAAACAUUUAAACAUAAUUAUACAUGCGAUGAAAAACUAAAAAAAAGAAGGAAACAAAGGAAUGCUAAAAAUAUAUACUGCAAAAUAACAAUUUAAACACUUUGCGAUUAAGUAGAACUUUACAGCAGUUAUGUUUUUAAAGCUUUUUAUAACGUACGACCAACUGUGCUUAACCCCAAUCAUAUUGAAAAUUACAUCUAAAUGAGCCUAUAAUUAACAACGCUGCAUAAAACCCUAUGAAUCACAAAUAAUACGAAACUGUAAAUACCUAGAAAGUAAUUAAUCAAACUACUGGUCAAAAAAACGUCAGUUGAAACUAGGUCACACCAACUAGUCAUAGGCAUCGCCGUUAAACACACAUAGCCUAGGGUAAAGUAUUAUUUAAAUGGGGCAGCCAAGAAUCAUAGUAAACAAAAAUAAAUAACAGCUAGUCAGAAAACAAAAAACAGUGGAAAAACCAAGUUAAAUCCAAAAUAUUUAUGUUAGGUACCAAACAAAACGCAAAAUCAUUCGUCUUCAUGCGAGUACAACUUCCUUCAGCAACUCAACAAAAUCAAUUGAAAUAAAGUUCAUGUUUAUAUAACAUUUUUCAUAACUAACCAAAUCUGUAUAAUCCCAAGCGUAAGCGUAACUAUAUCCAAGAUUUUGUAUUAAUUGAUUUGAGCCAUUUAUAUGGAAUAUCAAUUGAGGAGUCCGAUGGAGCGUUGAGAUUUUAAAUAGCUAAUUAUUGAGUUAAUUUUGUCAGAUUUAUUUAAUACUUAUGAAGAGCAUUUAAAGUGUUGAACAUAAUUCUUAAACCAAAGAGUUAUAUACCCCAACUAAGGCAACCAAAUAGUUGAGGCAAAUUGAUUUUUAUAUAGCGAAUUGUUAAUUAUUGCAUAUAGCGAGUAGUUUUUAAUAAAAGUCACAAAUAGGUGAGCAAGACAGGAGUUUUCAUUUGUGGUGGUCGCGACUCGCGAACUGCCCUAGCUGCCCAACCUGUUUUAAGAUUUUAACGUGGUACAUACCAAAGAAUAUUCAAUGUUACUACAGUUGUCGCCUUCUUUUAAACACAAGAAUAACUCUUAUACCCCUAGUAACUCUCAAACAAAGUUCUCUUAAUUUGUUCACCCUAAAAGCUUUAAUCGUUGAACGAUCCGAAGGUUACAAAUACGAGACAUAUUCUACAAAUACCAAAUAAAAGUAGCGAAGAAACGGAGGAUAUCAUGAAUAGGACAACACGUUGAUUUAUUUGCAAGUUGUUGUGGCUUCUUAGUCGUAGUUAGCUUAGCCUAAGAUGUGGGAGCUGGUAAAGAAUCGGAGGUGGUCAGUUGGUGGUGGCUAGAGUAACUGGAGGCUGCGACUGCGAGGGCGCGUGUUAUGGCUUUUGCCGCUUGGGGCUGCUUUUCUGGGCCCGAUCCUGUUCGAUAUGUAUUUGUACUUGUACUUAGAAUUCGUAAGCAUACACUAUGGAAUAUAUAUCACUGUGUCAUAUCGUACAUUUAAAGCAAAAAAGCAACCAAACUGGAGCUGGGCGAAGAAGCCAGAAGAGGGUAAAUUGUUAACGCAAGUAUUGACGUAUUGAAAUAUGUAUACAAACCUAAAUUGAUAGCGGACGAGCAACUACAUUAUAUACAUAGUGAAAUAACAAACUAAACCUUAACACGAUUGGCAGGCAACCAAGUACUACAAAUUGUGCAUUUAAUUUAGAAUAACUAUAUAACUGAUACAAAAACCAAUCCAACUGUUAGCUGGCGAAUGAUGACGGAAAAUGAAUUGAAAAUUAUGCUAACACAUUAGGCGUUAAAGUUAGUUAACAGUAAAUGAAACAGAAACGAACUAAUUUACCGAAAUGUAUUGCACAAUAUCGAACACUUAUAAAUAUUAGCGAAGUAACUAAGCCUGUUGUAAUAACACGCAUACAAAUAGAAUCGGAUACGUAGGCGAAGGUUGCAGAAUGCAGAUUCAGAUUCCAUUUAGGUUAUGUUCAAAACUCGAUCUCGAAGUCGGAUCUGCAAGCGACCGAUUCCACGGCGGAAAUCUCCGAUUGUUUGGAAGGGAGCUCAGUUGUAUUACGGUUUGGAUAGUUUGGAUAUUGCAUACGCCUAAGUAUAUAUAACGAAAGUGUGAAUUUAUGUAUGUAUUAAAUGUGCCUAAACUUUCGUUUACUUUUGAAUCACGACAAACCUUCCGCCCACGCCCUUGUUAUUUUUAUUUCCGGCCCACUUUGAAACCCUUUGACGCUUUAUGGGGAUUUUAUUUUGUUUUUAAAACGAUCUUGAAAGAAUGCAAUUGAGGCUAAGAUUUCUUCUGUCAACCUUAACAAGUAAAUGGAGACCAAAUGCUCAGGGCUUUAGCGUGUUAUAGUAGGCGUAAUAUAAAAAACAAAAACAAGGGAAAACCCAAACUAAGAACUAAGUGCAACACAUCAUGAGCAUACUCCAUCAAACGUUAGGCCAAUGCAUUUAAGUUUAAACUUUAGCUCUUGUCAUCAGCAGCAGUAGCGGCGGGUGCAGCACCAACAUCAACAACAACAGCAGGCACAACAAGAACAAUCCAGCAAACAAAUUUACAAAAUCCAAGCAAUCAAUUUGUUGAAAAGACUGAAAACCAUAAAAACAAAAAAGGGAACGAAACAAAACUUAACCCACAACAAGAGACACCAAGAGUGUUAAUAGAAAUCGACAUCAAACCAGAAAUAUAUACGACUAUUUUGAAGAUCCCCAGUCAUAAAAAGGCUCAGAGUUUUCUUGUGUUUACAAUCAGUUUAAACGUUUCAGUUGAUUCCUUUUCUAGCUCGGCGUUGAACUUUAACGAAGUAACAUAUUAAUCUUAAAGUAAUAGUAAAAUAUUAGCGAAAAUAAUAAUAAUAUUACCACCCGCAUUUUGCUACAUACUUAAUAUGCAAGUUUAAUAAUUAAAAGCAAUAAGAAAUAGUCUAACAAAUAGUUCAAAACUUAUCGAAAAGAAGGCGGAGAGUUUUCAAGUAGGCAGGAAAACACUACCAAAUAGAUUGUCGGCAAAGGACUCACACGUUUCCCAGGGCGUUUUCCAAAAUUAAUUCUGAUAUAUAGAACUUUGAAGUCAUUUUCCAAACCCACCAUAAACGGAAGCGAAAAGAACAAAUUAUACUUAAAGUAAAUCUAACCGUUUUCGUUUGCUUAACCUUCUUCUUUAUUUGGUCCUUUCCAUACGAAUUACAAGCAUAUGUAUAUAUCUCGAUAUAUUAUUGCGAUCCCCAGACCUAUAACGCAGAUGCAGCGGACAAGCUAACCCACGGAGCAAGACCCAAUCCAACCAACUGACACAAACGAGUAUUGCGGGGCGACAUUAGCGAGGAUUCGUUAAAACGGAUAAUACUCUGAUUUACCACUGCCACAAGGAAACAAACAAAAAAAAAGGAGAUAUUUUGCAUAUAGCGUAAAAUUAUAUAUUUAAAAAUGACUAAUUUGGCAAGAACACGGCGAAAAUUCAUUGCAAUUAUUCAAGUAAACUUAACAUUAUAAUUUAUUCCAAACAAAUAACAACAAUAAUUAUCGUAUAAUUAUGGAAAGCAAAAACAAAAAAAAAAUUAAAAACGAAAUCGUUCUUUGCGUGAGAAUAAGCGAUGUUACAUUAUUUAAUGAAAAUAUAUACAUAUAAAUACAAUA